ACAAGGCCGUGUAUCAGAGGGAAUUUUUCGCUUAAUUCCAUUAUUUAUUUCUUUAUAAAAUAUACAUUUACUUUGAUGUUUUUUAUCUAGUAUUGGAUUUCAGUUUGAUUUUAGUUUUUCCGUCUGUUCAAUACUUUUUAUUGAAAUCAAAAUUAGAAUUGAGUUGCUCUUUUCAAUUAUCGUCUUACUACGUCUCUGUUUUUGCAACUGCCCGCCUGGGAUAAAAGUUGUUUGGAACAAAAUAUCUAAAAGAAUGGGGAUAAUAUCUUUAGUUACGACUUUGAGCAUAUUUACUGCUUUUAGUUCCGUUGUGUAUCAGGCAUAUGUUGCUAGCAAUGAAUUAAAAAAGGUGACUUCAACCAUUUCAAGUUUAAUGUAUACCGAGAAUGCAAUUAAUGCUGAAUAUCUGAAAAAAAUAGCUGUAGGCUUUGGGGGAUAUAGAAAUAUUUAUGUUAAAUUCACCGACUUUCUCAACGUUACAGAAACCCACAAAAAUGACCACAUAAAGAAUUUAUUUGCGAGCUUUGCCUCUUCAUUUUCUAGAGGACAAGGAUCAGAGUACAUUGUGGAAAGACAAACUUUCGAGUACCUUGUACAAAAGGCUCAAACGAUUCAAGAACCAGUGAUAUUGAUGAAUGUAGGAGCUAUCGGGAUAGCAACAAGAUUGGCUGAAGAACAACAAUCUGUUCUCUUAGCUGCAAAAAUUUCAAAAGACUUGUAUACGCGGCUUAAUUCUCAAAUCCAAUUGUCAGAGGAAGAUUUUGCGGUAGAAGAUAAUGUAUGUCUUAUAUUAGAGUACAAAAAAGAUGAAAUAUGGGGUUCAUUAAAGUCUUCAAGUGCCAAUAGCUUUAUUUUGUUUAGUGAAUGUAAUAUUGCCGAAAAGGGUUCGAUUCCCAAAUUCAGCUCAAUAGUACAAAAUUUUAUUCCAAGACUUAUUAUAGUAACUGGUUUGGAAGUGUUCAAACUUAAUAUUAAUUCCCUACAAACACAAUUAAAAAACUUACCUAACUCAACUUUAAUUCACUUGCACAUACCAAUUUAUGUGGCGAAUAAAUCGUUUCUUGAUGUUAUACUUACUUUUGGAAAUUCAUUGAGCAUGAAUGAACAAAGCCUUUACAAACUGCAAAAAGAUUUAAAUAUAAAAGACUCCACAAUUUCAACAGAGACUGCAAAUGAAAUAACCCGAAAUUUGGAUAUCAUUCGGAUAGUAUUUUUCAAUUUGUAUCAUAGACAAACGGAGAAAAAUACACGAAAACUGUCCCGAAUUCACGUACAUUCAAUUAGUUUUCAAAUAAUAAUGACGGUAAAAUCAUUUGGUUGGCGUAAUACAAAGCAUGGUAUAGUCAAAGCUGCACUUAGAGCUGCAAGACAUAGUUGUGGGACAGAGACUUUGAAUCCAGGAUCGUUUUUUAUUAAUAAGAAUAACGAAUUUUACAAAAGUUAUGAGCCACCAUUGGAAAAGAUAAAAAUAAGGGAAAAUGAGGCAGUAUCGUGUUGGACAGAAAAUAUGAAAAUCAACUUUGAGUUAAUAGAACUUGAAUUCUGUGUAGUUGUGAAUUUAAUUUGCAGAAAUACAAUGCAAACAUCUGGGCUUGAGGAAAAUGUUUUAGCCGAUGCUUUGAUUUUGCAAAUAUAAGUAGGGAUUUUCUCAAAUAAAUAAAUAAAACUUUGUUUUGAAAUAU